AUGGACCCAGACAACGAGAGCGGAGAGUCUAAAGAAAGCUGUGCAACAGCAAGAAUGGCAUUACUGAUCAUUCCAAACAUUUCAAGGACAGAAAGCUUCCACAUCCUCGGAUUCCCCGGACUUUCCCCGCAGUACUACGCACCCGUGUCAGCUUUGUUUUUUUUCAUCUACCUCACCACUGCAACAGGGAGUGUUUUCAUUUUAGCAUUGGUCAUCUGUGAGAAGUCACUUCAAAAACCCUCAUACCUUGUCUUUUGUCACUUGGCAUUGAACGACUUGACUUUCAGCACUUUCACCAUCCCAAAAAUCAUAGCAAAGUAUUGGUUUGCCGACAGCGACAUUUCAUUCAACUCCUGUUUUACGCAAAUGUUUAUGGUCCAUUAUUUAGGAUCCGUGAUGUCGUUCCUGUUGUUGGUGAUGGCUUUGGAUCGAUUCAUUGCCGUGUGUAUUCCACUGCGAUAUCCUGUGCUAAUCACAAACAACAUCAUAUCUGUGCUCUGUGGAUUCGCCUGGUUCAUCCCCGCACCUUUGAUGAUGACGAUUGUGCUCCACGCUCUCACUUUAUCCUACUGUAAAUCAAACAUCAUCGCUCAGUGCUACUGUGACCACAUUUCUUUAACAAAUCAGGGAUGUGGUGGAAAUCUAAGGGAGGUUCAGGUCACGGCUCUCUGCAUUGCCAUGUUAUGUCUUUUGCUGCCUCUGGCAUUCAUAUUGUUUUCUUACGUGUCUAUUAUUGUGGUUAUUUUGAAAAUGUCCAGCUCUUCAGGCCGCAAAAAAACCAUAUCCACCUGCACCCCACAAAUCUUCAUUACUUGUCUUUUCUACCUCCCUCGGUGCUUCGUUUAUGUUGCCAGCACUGUUGGAUUCUCUUUUAGUUUAGAUAUUCGUAUUUUGUUGAUACUGCUGUACAGCCUUCUUCCUCCUGCACUGAAUCCACUCAUAUACUGUUUCAAAACCAGAGAUAUUAAACUGACUUUACUGAGGAAACUGAAAAUGUAUAGGGUUGCAAUAGAGAUUCAAAUGUUUGCAAAGUAAGCUAGGUUUUAAAAAAAAGUAACUUGAAGAAAUGGAACAAAAAUGUGUUUUUCUUAGAAUUUCUUAUUGCUAUAUAGACAAAAUUAGAAAGAAAAAUGUUUUAAAGUGGCACAAAUUUAUGCCUAAUUCUUAUUCAAUAAUUCUAAUGUAUUUUUUGUCAAUUUAUAGUAUAAAAUCAAGGGACCACUGGUGAGUUUCUUUAUCUAAAUUUGUUGACAAGGACUAAAAUGGUUGAUGCGUGUACACAUAGAAGAUGUUUUUAAAUUUGUGCAAGUAUCGUUUUGCCACAUCCACUACAAAGUACACACGUUUUGA